AUGGAAGCAAGGGAAGGGAAGUCAACAAAAAACAAAGCUUCUUUAAAUAUCCCGAGAAACAAAGAGGUAUAUGUUGUUUCUUCUGGCUCUUCUGAAGCUUCUGACUCACCAAAUGACCGUCCUGAGCCAAAACAGCGCAAUGAAACAACAAAACCACAAAAUAUGCAUUCUCUUUUAUUAGAAGAAACAAGAAUACGACUUCAGAACUUCGCUGCUGAUGUAGAACAGUACCAUGACGAAAUUCCAGAAGUUGAAUCUCCAGUUGACGACUCUGAAGAGAAAAUACCACCAAGGAAAAGUCUUUUAUCACAUGUUAGACCUCAAAUAGCUACUCCACCUUCAAAAAUUCAACAUAUCGAAAAAAAUUCUUCUGCACAAAAAACUCUCAACAAAUAUGUCGAUAAAAAACAUAAAAAGAACAAAUCUGUGCAAAGUGACACCUCAGAAUCCGCUCCAAAAUCACCAGAUCCACAAAUAAACUUAACACGUGAAGAAAAUGCGAAAAUUCUUGUGAAAAUAUAUGAAUUCUACAAAGGGAAGUACUCCAAAAUACAAAUACUUGUUGCUUUGCACAAACACGCAGGUAGAAUUUACGAAGCCAUGAUUGCUCUCUCCAGGAACGAAGUUGAUGAUGAUCCUAGACUUCUUGUUGAUACCACUUGUGUUUCUGGUUCUUCGGAAGACAAAAAGAAAUAUUUUGUUAACUAA